AUGGAGUCAGCAAGCAACCCACGCUCUGAGAACAUCACAAACGAGGUGUGCCAAAAGGAGUGCAUUGCCCAGGAGCUCAGAGGACCGGCAUACCAGCUGAACGAUAUUCCGGAAGCUUUGCAAGAGGUUAAAAGUCUCUCCAGGGGCACAGCCGUGGAAAAUGCAACAGAGAGACUGAAAGCUGGGAAGAACAACAACAAGGAAAAACAAGGCUAUGAUUUGGACAGGUUGGGCCUGAAACGAAAGUCAGAAAGCGAAGGCAAGCCGGGCCUGAGAAAAGAGCAACGCCUGAUGGAUCCGGAGAACCAGCCCAUCGCUGUCCUCCUGCCCCACAUCCCUCUAAAAAGCCUGACAGAGGUAGAAAUGAAGUUGGUGUACACAGAUGAGGAGGACGUUACCUAUGAGUUUUUGGCAUCCCAGGUGCCCACAGGCAGUGCCCACCCAAAAUGCUCAGAGGCUGUAAACAUGGAUUCCUCAAGAUCACCUGACAUAAGCCUUCUCCCACAGAUGGACAAAUGGCUUCAGGUGUCCUUAAAGGAUGCCAGCACUUGUUACAGGCAAAAGAAGUAUGCUGUGGCUGCAGGGCAGUUCAGAACAGCCCUUGAGCUUUGCAGCAAAGGUGCAGCUUUAGGGAAACCCUUUGAAGCCUCUCCAAAAGACAUUUCAAGCAUUGCCAGUUUUAUUGAAACAAAGCUUGUAAUCUGCUACCUGAAGAUGAGAAAGCCCGACCUUGCACUGAAUCAUUCACACAGGAGCAUAAUUCUGAACCCCGCCUAUUUCCGUAACCACCUUCGCCAAGCUGCUGUGUUCCGAUGCUUAGAGAGAUAUUCUGAGGCUGCAAGGAGUGCCAUGGUUGCUGACUACAUGUACUGGCUGUCAGGAGGAAGUGAGCAGCAUACCAGCAAGCUCAUCAAACUGUAUUGGCAGGCUAUGAUUGAAGAAGCCAUCACAAGAGCAGAAUGUUUUUCAGUGAUGUACACGCCAUUUGCAACUAAAGUAAAGGCUGGAGAAAUCGACAAGUUAAAGGAAGUUUUCACCAAAAAGCACCCCGACUAUGUGGAAUACAUAUAUACAGACCCUCAUGGACUUCACAGUUUGCCACAGACAGGCGACUGGUCUUGCCCUUCACCCCAGUCUUAUUUGCUGACACUGGGCUUCAAAAACAAAGAAGUUGGGAAAUUUCUAGAAAAGAUGUCUUGCAGGAAAUUGCCAACAUUUUCAGAGCACAAAGCGCCUUUCAGUCCUCUCACAAAAGAAGAAGCAAAGAGGCACCUGGAGACAAUAGGAAAAAGAAUCUUGCCAAUAAUGGAUUUCAUUAGGGGCACCAAACUAACUGAGACUUUUUGUACAUGUUCAGGUGUGAUAGAGAAGCUGCAACAUGCCAGCCUUCUUGGACGCUUGCAGCGCAUCAAAGAGCAAUCCCAAGUGAUCAACCAAGCCAUGGCUGAGCUUGCCACUAUUCCCUACCUCCAAGACAUCAGCCAGCAGGAUGCUGAACUGCUGCAGUCACUAAUGGCAGAUGCCAUGGACACCCUCGAAGGAAGGAAAAGUGAUAAAGAACGUGUCUGGAAUAAAAUUCAAAAGGUUGGAAUAAUAGAAGACUUCUUAUACCAAUUAGAAUAUAGUUUCUUAAAGACAAAAAAACUCAGAACAGCAAGGAGGCAGAAAAUGAAAAUGAAGCGGCUUCAAAGCGAACAGCCAUGCUAG